AUGCCAAAGAAAAGUUCGAGCAAGAGUAGCUCGCCAAAGAAGGGUUCCCCAAAGAAGGAUAAACAGAAGAAAAGUCCAUCAAAAAAGAAGUCACCAGAUCUUGUUGACAUACCAGCUGUUGUUUUGAAAAAUGUCAAACGCAAAUUAGUGUGGACAGGAGAAGGAUGGCCAACAUAUAAAUUUACGGAGUUUCGAUGCCCAGUAUGCCGCCUAGUCCUGAGCAGCUUCCCACAGUUUGUAGCGCAUUUUUGCUGGAGAAAAUAUUACCAGGCACGCUUCCACCUGGGCGAAACGCAAGCAUUCGCAUGUCGUACGUGUAGUCAGGUGUUUUAUUCUCAUGCGGACUACGCUGCCCAUGAGUGCAACGACCACAAGUUAUGCUAUACGAGGAAAUAUCGAGAAGUGGAAGAGGUUUUACCCAUUGACUACCCCGACCAUUUUGAUUUCUACAUUGCUUGGGCUCGGCGUACCGAUUGGGAAAGUAAACCGCAUGAACCAGACUGGCAGUUUUCAGUUCGUUGCAGUAAAUGUAGCAGUAAAUUCAAGACCAAAAUAGAUUACCUUUUGCACUCGUGUUUUCAGUUUGCAUUAUUGCCCCUUCCCGCUAUCAGGCGCUUAAAAACGUGCAUUGACUGUCACUAUGUGUUUCUUAACGAACAACAGUACAACCUCCAUCUGCCUUACUGCAGAGAGGAUCGAGCAUUCUGCGUCGAUUUCUCUGUCACACUGACAGAAUUAGCCUGUCAACAAUUUGUGCUAGGUCGACACUGCUAUGAAUUUGAUUAUCACCUUCAUCAUGGCGCUGCCUUGGGGCAGCGGGAACCUGGUGAACCGCCUGGUGGGCCUCCAAGAUCACCGCCUCCCCUACCCGCUGGACCACAAAUUUCGGUAAAUUGUUUUGAAUGUGGCUUUGUGCAGCCUAACCUGGUGGAAUAUUUGUACCACCCGUGCGUUGCCGGCAGACUCAUCAAACCAUCAAAUCUUGAGCUAAUACUAUUUUGCACAGAGUGCCAUUGCCUAUUUAUCUGCAUGGAGGACUGUGUGGAACACUGCAAGUCCUGUUCGUCACUAAUUUUCACAUUUGUUCGUCUGAAUACUCCCGAACUGAUCCGUCUAGCACUGAAACGCUGGACGCUGGAAGUGCUUUCCAAUCCUUACCUUCCAGCCCGCCAGGUUAAAUUUAUGUGUGGCUGUUGUAAGGAGAUAUUCCGGUGGUUUGACAUCUUCCUCGCUCAUCCUUGUCCACGACGUGAGCGAUACGAAAGAAUUUUCUUACAACCCAUGGCACUUCUGGAAACUUACACUUGCCAUGCUUGUCAUUUGGUGGUAUUCUCCAUCUCUGAGGCUGUCAGCCAUUCAGCCAGCUGCAAAUUGGGUCAUUUACCAAAAAUGAUUCAGGUGCAUUACACCAUGGAUGAAGUAGUUAUUGCUCUCACACCAUGGAUGCGUGGACCACAACUGCUGGAGUUUGAUAUCAAUGUUGGUCUGGGGGACUGGGAACAAGAGAUGGCCUAUCGUUCGGAAGAAAACAGAAUCGCAAAAGGAAUUCUCAGAGUUGGAUGCCUCGGGAAGCACAAAGGCUCACAAAGCACAUCUGUGAAAAUUGCCAAAUGGAUGGAGGAGAGAAUGAACAGACAGCAGCCUGUAGAAAACCAAGAUGUUGGCCCAGAAGACAAAUGUUGGCCUGUCUAUCAGAAAAAUCGUUUCAUCAAAGCUCUCAGUGGUAUUCAAAUCAACCCUUACGCCUUACCUGAAUCAAGACCAGCACGUGUUCACUGGCGCCAGAGAAUCUGCUAA